AUGUAUGUUGCAACAUGGAUAGCUGAGCUGAUGACAUGGUAUGCUAAGGUUGAAGAAAGUGCUACACAUAUGAGACAUCCGGUGGAUUCGUCACAAUGGAAGUCAAUAGACAUGAAGUGGCCUGAGUUUGCUGAAGAGAAACGAAACGUACGUCUGGGACUAGCAACUGAUGGUUUUAACCCUUUUGGAAUGAUGACCUCGCAUAGUACUUGUCCUGUUAUGCUUACUUGUUAUAACCUUCCGCCAUCUGAAUGCACGUCAAAGGAUUUUACGAUGUUAACACUGCUGAUUCCUGGUCCACUUGGUCCUAACCACAACAUAGAUGUUUAUUUGCAGCCCUUGAUCGACGAGUUAAUUGAUUUAUGGACAGUCGGUAAAGUAACGUACGAUGCGCAUACAAUGACUUCCUUUACAAUGAAAGCAAUGUUAUUGUGGUGCAUACACGACUUUCCCGCAUAUGCUCAUGUUUCUGGUUUGCGAACUUCUGGAAGAUUUGGUUGUCCUGUGUGUGGAGAAAAUACAGAGGCGUUCAGGCUAAAAUGGGGUUCUAAGUAUGCUUAUAUGGGUCAUAGAAGGUUUCUAAGAGAUAGGUUUCACCCUUAUAGACUGAAAACAUCUGAGUUCAACGGAUUUGAGGAGACAAGGGGUGCACCAAGACGUUUGAGUGGUGCCGAAUUAUUCGACAAGACAGCAACCGCAGAUAAAGAGUUUGGGAAGCUGGUCAAGCGGCCGGUCGUACAAAAGAAUUUUACGGAGAAUUUGUUUGGAACUUUUAUGAGCCAUAAGGAUAAGAACAAGGAUGGGAAACUGGCGCGUAAAGAUUUAAAACUGCUAAACUUAAAGCCUUGCUUGUGGUUGACGGAAGAGAAUGGAAAAGUAGAGAUGCCUCAUGCACCUUAUUCUUUGUCUAAGGAAGAAAGGGAAGUCAUCUGUAAAACUCUUAGCACACUUAAAGUUCCAAUUGGUUACAGUGCGAAUUGGAAACGGAAAGUAUGCUUGAAAGACUUCCAAUUGAAGGGUUUGAAGUCUCACGAUUAUCAUAUUCUGAUGCAGGGGUUAAUGCCUAUUUUUAUGAUGCAUUGUUUCAAAGAACAUAAGCCUUUGCGUGAGGCAGUUCGACACUUAUCGUUGUUUUUCAAAGUACUAACUUCCAAGGUUAUUGAUCGUGCUGAGCUUCGUAUAAUGCACGAACGUGUGGUGGAGUCACUAUGUGUGUUUGAAAUGUAUUUCCCGCCUGCUUUUUUUGUUAGUAUGACUCAUGUUGUCGUACACUUGGCAGAAGAGGCACAUCAAUUGGGGCCUGUUCAGUUUAGGUGGAUGUACCCUUACGAGAGGAUGAUGAGGUACUACAAAGUACUUGGUCGCAACAAAAAUUAUGUAGAAGGCUCUAUUACAAAACAGUAUGAGAUUAAUGAAGGAGCGCGCCAUUGCGUCGAGAUACUUCCUGAAAAGAGGCGAAAGUCUCUUAAGUGUCGUGGAAAGAUAUCAAUGCCCAGUGAUGUUUAUGAAGGUCCAUACCCACCUAAUUCACAAGGAAAGCCACAUUCAUUGACCAACGUAGAGCACGAACAAGUUCGUUUGUGGAUAUUGAGACAUUCAGAUGAAAAUACUGAAUGGGAAGAGAAGUACGAGAUAUAUGUUCGUAAUUUGAACCAAACUCGUACGGGAAGGAUAAAAACUACAGACUACAUUGAAUGGCUACAGAAACAACUUGAAGGCACUCCUAUGACAGAUUUUCGUAGGCUGGCAAUUGGUCCUACCUUCGCUACAAUUUCGUAUAACUCAUAUUUUGUUAAUGGCUAUCUUUUUUACACAACCGAUGCCGAAAAAAAUUUAACUACACAAAAUAGUGGAGUCACCAUGGAUGCUUGCACCAGCUUCAGAGCAAGUUCCAGAGAUACUAACUUGGUCGAUGACGAUACUACGUACUAUGGCAUUCUACAACACAUACUUGAACUGGAUUAUGGAUUUUUCUCAGAAAUUGUUUUUUACUGUGAUUGGGUGCGAGUCAAAGACAAAGUACAUGGAUCCUAUGUGGAUCCGGAUACAAAGUUGAGGUUUGUCAACUUCAGAAAGUUUAUGAGAAGCUCAAAAGAAGUCGACGAGCCAUUCAUCCAUGCUUCUCAAGCUAGACAAGUUUUUUACUGCAGAGAUGUGACAAGGGAGCACUGGAAUUUGGUUUUGGAAUCUCCAAUAAGAUCAGACCCCAAUAAGAAUGCUUUGGAAGAUCCAUUUGUCUUCACUGCAAAUGCAAAUGAAGCUCCAUCAAUUUUUACAGUUGUUGGAGAAGAUGAGUAUUGGAAUGAAGAAGCUCAGGGGAUGCCUCUUAAUACAGUUGGAAAAGUGUCUAGCACUGAUGAUACUCAUUACUCGAGUUUAAAACUCAUUGGAACGACGUUCUUUGUCGUAUGUGAACCAGGGACACAUCACAUGGAUGCUCUACUUGAUAUCAUUUACGAAGUAUUGGAUAAGUUUAUCGUCAUCUGA